AUGAAGAAAUCCAGUUAUAGCUUGAGUUGUUCUCAAGGAUCCAGCAUUCGAACAUUCACUCCAUUUUAUUUCCUGGUGGAACCAGUGGAUACACUCUCAGUUAGAGGCUCUUCUGUUAUAUUAAAUUGUUCAGCUUAUUCUGAGCCUUCCCCAAAAAUUGAAUGGAAAAAAGAUGGAACUUUUUUAAACUUAGUAUCAGAUGAUCGUCGCCAGCUUCUCCCUGAUGGAUCUUUAUUUAUCAGCAAUGUGGUGCAUUCCAAACACAAUAAACCUGAUGAAGGUUAUUACCAGUGUGUGGCCACUAUCGAGAGUCUUGGAACUAUUGUCAGCAGAACAGCCAAGCUUACAAUAGCAGGUCUUCCAAGAUUUGCCAGCCAACCAGAACCUUCUUCAGUUUAUGCUGGAAACAGUGCAAUUCUGAAUUGUGAGGUUAAUGCAGAUUUGGCCCUAUUCGUGAGAUGGGAACACAACAGGCAGCCUCUUCUUCUGGAUGAUAGAGUUAUCAAACUUCCAAGUGGAACCCUGGUUAUCAGCAACACAACUGAAGGAGAUGGGGGACUUUAUCGCUGCAUAGUUGAAAGUGGUGGGCCACCAAAAUACAGUGAUGAAGCUGAAUUAAAAGUUCUUUCAGAUCCUGAGAUCACAUCAAACUUGGUAUUUUUGAAGCAACCUUCUUCCUUAGUCAGAGUCAUUGGUCAGAGUGCAGUAUUGCCGUGUGUUGCUUCGGGACUUCCUAUUCCAACCAUUAGAUGGAUGAAAAAUGAGGAGGCACUUGACACAGAAAGCUCUGAAAGAUUGGUAUUGCUGGCAGGUGGUAGUCUGGAAAUCAGUGAUGUCACUGAGUAUGAUGCUGGGACUUAUUUUUGUAUCGCUGAUAAUGGAAAUGAGACAAUUGAAGCUCAAGCAGAGAUUACAAUACAAGCCCAUCCUGAAUUUCUGAAGCAGCCUACUAGUAUAUAUGCUCAUGAAUCUAUGGAUAUUGUAUUUGAAUGUGAAGUGACUGGGAAACCAACUCCAACUGUGAAGUGGGUCAAGAAUGGGGAUAUGGUUAUCCCAAGUGAUUACUUUAAGAUUGUAAAGGAGCAUAAUCUUCAAGUUUUGGGUCUGGUGAAAUCAGAUGAAGGGUUCUAUCAGUGCAUUGCUGAGAAUGAUGUUGGAAAUGCACAAGCUGGAGCGCAACUGAUAAUCCUUGAACAUGAUGUUGCCAUCCCAACAUUACCUCCCACUUCACUGACCAGUGCCACUACUGACCAUCUAGCACCAGCCACAACGGGACCACUGCCUUCAGCUCCUCGGGAUGUCGUGGCCUCCCUGGUCUCUACCCGCUUCAUCAAACUGACGUGGCGGACACCGGCAUCAGAUCCUCAGGGAGACAACCUCACCUACUCUGUCUUCUACACCAAGGAGGGGAUUGCUAGGGAACGUGUUGAGAAUACCAGUCAUCCAGGAGAAAUGCAGGUAACCAUUCAAAACCUAAUGCCAGCAACUGUGUAUAUCUUCAGAGUUAUGGCUCAAAACAAGCAUGGCUCCGGGGAGAGUUCAGCUCCUCUGCGAGUAGAAACACAGCCUGAAGUUCAGCUCCCUGGGCCUGCACCUAACAUCCGAGCAUAUGCAACUUCACCUACUUCCAUCACUGUCACCUGGGAAACACCAUUGUCUGGCAAUGGGGAAAUUCAGAAUUACAAAUUGUACUACAUGGAAAAAGGGACUGAUAGAGAACAGGAUGUUGACAUUUCAAGUCUCUCUCACACCAUUAAUGGGCUGAAAAAAUAUACAGAGUAUAGUUUCCGAGUGGUGGCCUACAAUAAACAUGGUCCUGGAGUCUCCACACAAGAUGUGGCCGUUCAAACCUUGUCAGAUGUUCCCAGUGCUGCUCCUCAGAAUCUGUCCGUAGAAGUAAGAAAUUCAAAGAGCGUAAUGAUUCACUGGCAGCCACCUCCUCCAGCCACACAAAAUGGGCAGAUUACUGGCUACAGAAUUCGCUACCGAAAGGCCUCCCGAAAGAGUGACGUUACUGAGACCUUUGUAAAUGGGGAACAGCUGUCUCAGCUGAUUGAAGGUCUGGAUCGGGGGACCGAAUAUAAUUUUCGAGUGGCUGCUCUAACAGUCAAUGGCACAGGCCCGGCCACUGACUGGCUGUCUGCUGAAACUUUUGAAAGUGACUUAGAUGAAACUCGUGUUCCUGAAGUGCCUAGUUCUCUGCAUGUCCGCCCGCUUGUCACUAGCAUCGUAGUAAGCUGGACUCCUCCAGAGAACCAGAACAUUGUGGUGAGAGGCUAUGCCAUUGGAUAUGGCAUUGGCAGCCCACAUGCCCAGACUAUCAAAGUAGACUAUAAACAGCGCUAUUACACCAUCGACAAUCUGGAUCCCAGUUCUCACUAUGUGAUUACCUUGAAAGCGUUUAACAACGUGGGUGAAGGCAUCCCCCUGUAUGAGAGUGCUGUGACCAGACCUCACACAGACACUUCUGAAGUUGAUUUAUUUGUUAUUAAUGCUCCAUACACUCCAGUGCCAGAUCCCACUCCCAUGAUGCCACCAGUGGGAGUCCAGGCUUCCAUUCUGAGUCAUGACACCAUAAGGAUUACAUGGGCAGACAACUCACUGCCCAAACACCAGAAGAUUACAGACUCCCGGUACUACACAGUCCGAUGGAAAACCAACAUCCCAGCAAACACCAAGUACAAGAAUGCAAAUGCAACGACUUUGAGUUAUUUGGUGACUGGUUUAAAACCAAAUACACUCUAUGAAUUCUCUGUGAUGGUGACUAAAGGUCGAAGAUCAAGUACAUGGAGUAUGACAGCCCAUGGGACCACCUUUGAAUUAGUUCCUACUUCUCCACCCAAGGAUGUGACAGUUGUGAGUAAAGAAGGAAAACCUAGGACCAUAAUUGUAAAUUGGCAGCCUCCCUCUGAAGCCAAUGGCAAAAUUACAGGUUACAUCAUAUAUUACAGCACAGAUGUGAAUGCAGAGAUACACGACUGGGUUAUUGAGCCUGUUGUGGGAAACAGGCUGACUCACCAGAUACAAGAGUUAACACUUGACACUCCAUACUACUUCAAAAUCCAGGCUCGGAACUCAAAGGGCAUGGGGCCCAUGUCUGAAGCUGUCCAGUUCAGGACACCUAAAGCCUCAGGGUCUUCAGGAAAAGGAAGCCGGCUUCCAGACCUAGGAUCUGACUACAAACCUCCAAUGAGCGGCAGUAACAGCCCCCAUGGAAGUCCCACCUCUCCUCUGGAUAGUAAUAUGCUACUGGUCAUCAUCGUCUCAGUUGGGGUCAUCACCAUCGUGGUGGUUGUGAUCAUCGCUGUCUUUUGUACCAGACGCACCACCUCUCAUCAGAAAAAGAAACGAGCAGCCUGUAAAUCAGUGAAUGGUUCCCACAAGUACAAAGGGAACUCCAAAGAUGUCAAACCCCCAGACCUCUGGAUCCAUCAUGAGAGACUGGAGCUGAAACCCAUCGAUAAAUCCCCAGACCCAAACCCCAUCAUGACUGAUACUCCGAUUCCUCGUAACUCUCAAGAUAUCACACCUGUUGACAAUUCGAUGGACAGCAACAUUCAUCAAAGGCGGAAUUCUUACAGAGGGCAUGAAUCAGAGGACAGCAUGUCUACACUGGCUGGAAGGAGAGGAAUGAGACCAAAAAUGAUGAUGCCCUUUGACUCCCAGCCACCCCAGCCUGUGAUUAGUGCCCAUCCCAUCCAUUCCCUCGAUAACCCUCACCAUCAUUUCCACUCCAGCAGCCUCGCUUCUCCAGCUCGCAGUCAUCUCUACCACCCAGGCAGCCCAUGGCCCAUUGGCACAUCCUUGUCCCUUUCAGACAGGGCCAAUUCCACAGAAUCCGUUCGAAAUACCCCCAGCACUGACACCAUGCCAGCCUCCUCUUCUCAAACAUGCUGUACUGAUCACCAGGAUCCUGAAGGUGCUACCAGCUCCUCUUACUUGGCCAGCUCCCAAGAGGAAGAUUCAGGCCAGAGUCUUCCUACAGCCCACGUUCGCCCUUCCCACCCACUGAAGAGCUUUGCUGUGCCGGCAGUCCCACCCCCAGGUCCUCCCACCUAUGAUCCCGCGCUGCCAAGCACACCAUUACUGUCCCAGCAAGCUCUGAACCACCACAUUCACGCGGUGAAGACGGCCUCCAUCGGGACUUUAGGAAGGAGCCGGCCUCCUAUGCCGGUGGUGGUCCCCAGUGCCCCUGAAGUGCAGGAGACCACAAGGAUGCUGGAAGACUCCGAGAGUAGCUAUGAACCAGAUGAGCUGACCAAAGAGAUGGCCCACCUGGAAGGACUGAUGAAGGACCUAAACGCCAUCACAACAGCAUGACAACCUUCACCAGGACGUGACUCCAGACCUGAGUCUAGAAGUCUUGGGACUUAGCCUUGAAAACGAGGAAUUGUACAGAGGACGAGAGGACAGCACUGAGAACACAGAGUGAGCAUGCAGACCAGCCAGGCCCCCACGCGGGGCUGGUUCCAGGCAUGGCCACCUGCCUUCUCCUGGUCAGCCUGGAAGAAGCCCUUGUCAAGGCAGCUUCCCUUUGCCUGCUGAUACCCUGCAGGACUGGGCACCAUGGGCCAAAAUUUCGUGUCCAGGGAAGAGGCAAGGAGUGCAACCUACAUUUCACUUUGUGGUCAGGCUGUGUCUUCGUGCUGCGACUGCAUCGCCUUUAUGGAGUAUAGACAUCGGCAUUUAUGUACAAUUUUAUUUGUGUCCUAUUUUAUUUUGCCUUCAGAAGAAAAAUACUAUCAAAACCAAGGAAGUCCGUGGUGUUCUCCACAAGUGGUUGGCAUUUGACUACUUGUUUGAAUUAUGUAUGGAAAGUCAUGACAGUGUGGGUUGUUCCAGCGGUUGGCUUGUUUUUUGUUUUUGUUUUUAUUUUUUAAUUCUGAGUCAUUGCAUCUUCUACCAGCUGUUAACUCAUCACUUUGAGGGGGGAGGAAAUGUUGCAUUGCUGUUUGUAAGCUUUUUUAUUAUUUUUUUAUUAUAAUUAUUAAAGGCCUGACUUUCUCCUCUCAUCACUGUGAGAUUACAGAUCUAUUUGAAUGAUA